GUCUUUGUGCGUGAACAAGCCACUGGGUUACUUUCAGGAUGUUUUGGCCUUUCGUCGUCUUGUGCGCGUUGCAGAGUGCAGCGCAGGCCUCAAUUCACACAGGUGUGCGUGCGUCCCCCUCUGGGUCGAUGACGCUUCAGCCGUGGCUGAAGGGCCUGAUGGCCGUGGUGGUCUUCCUCUUCGUCAUCUUUAUCUUCCUCAUCCUCAACAGGCUGUUGGGCAACGACAGGAGAGAAGUGGAGGAGGAGGGGGACCAGGAAGAUGUGUUGGGCUACCAGGAAAAGGUUGUGGAAGUGCGCCGAGACUACGUGGAAGAAACCAGCUUGUAGGACAAAAGAUGAUUUCACAUCUUUCCUUUCGUCUGCCUUUCGUCACCAAGUCCAGUGGUGUGCUCUCUUCUUUUCCCUUAUCUUUUAUCCACGUACGUUUUUACGAACGGGAGACAAGACUUGUAUCUCAGCUUAAAGUUUAGCCCGGGUUGUUACUGCAAGUUGGGAGGAUCUUUGCAGCAGGCACGGGCCUCUGCUGCAUUCUUUCCAGGUAAUGUUAGAAGAUGACUAUCAAGACAAACAUCUGUUUACUUGUAUUUUUUCCACUGAUUGCUAAUGCUAAUCUGUGCUAACAUUACAAUGUUACUUCAUUUUUGGCUAUGACGUAUUCAUGCUUCAAAUGCAGCCGUGGUUGUUUUUCAUGUGCUCUAAAAAUAAAGUUGAGCUGAAAGCAUCUCUUGAACCGGGUCUGGCUUGCUGCCAAGUGACUGGCUGGGGAACUCUGCGAUUAUGGUCAAUUCGUUCCGCUAUGACACUUGGCUGAAUGUCCGGACAUAAAAACAUCAAAAAGUCCCUUUUCCCCAAACGUCAACUCUCCAACUGAAAAUGUGGCGCUGGAGCGCAAACGAGACGGGAAGAGGCCGAGUGCCUCGCUAAGCCACUGCGGUUGGCUGAAGAAAUCAAUCCCACGUCAACAUCCGUCUUCUCGAUCUAUCCGCAACUGGUGAGUCAAGUUGGCUGGAGUCUUUUGGGAGUUUCUGUCCCAACAUUGUCAACUUCAGCCUGACAAAGUCCCUCCUUUGUGCUGGUGUGUGGAAAUGAUAGCAAAGGAGGCUCUUGAUUUUUGCUUCUCUUUUAAUGGCGAUCAACAACCAUAGCCAAUAUGUGGUCUUUUUCCGCCGCAUGAACCCCCGCGAAACUUAGCGAUACUCUUACGACAUCGAAUUACCGUAUUGCUUUAACGCAGUGGUUCCCAAAGUGGGCGAUAGAAAGAUCUGGGGGGGCGGUGAGGAAGAAAGAGGCGGUAGGGGGGCGGCAGUCCGAAGUCGACGUUUGUUUGACGAUUUGUACACAACACGUGCAACAGGACGAGUCAGUGGACGACGCUGAUGUUGAGAAGCUUAUGUCCCUGCACCAAGCACAUCCAUCCCAUUAAUAUUAAGUGUGAGACAAUGAAGGUUACUGGUGGAAUGUUUAUUUACCAUUCUAUGUUGGUGAAACAGUUAAAACUGCUAAAAAAUAAAUUGGUUUACUAAAUUGGGUUUUAUUUGUGAAAUACACAUUUGUGUUUAACCUUUCUCUUUUCAAAUUGCAGCAUACCAAAUAUCAAGAAAGAGGUGUUUGUUUCCAUAUGUAUCUGUG